AUGGUGCACGCUGUGGUGGUCGAACACGUGUAUCGCCACAUUCGGCCCGUGUAUCUCCAUAUCCUGAGCGUACUCGGACGCCAACGGAGACUCACCCAGGUCCAAUACGACGGCGUACACCUCCAGGCCGAGAAGCACUGCCAGCGACCACGACUAGGGCAUACUCAACCCCGGGUCCAGUGUCAUCUGCAGCCCAACGAGCGUCACUUCUUGGAGCAGCAAGAUCACCUGGUGAAUCAGCUCAAGCUCGACCUUCAACCAGCCCCUGACGGCCGUUGGCAAGGGAGGAACGCUCGCGUUUGUUCUCUGCGUGGCCACAUUGACUGCCAAGAGGCUGUUGAGAUCCAUUUCGCGUUGGACUGUCGCAGCACCAGCUUCGAGGCGAAGCGCAGUCAGCAACGCCACACUAGUCGAGGUGGGGCAGCUCGAACCUUUGCCUUCAACCCACCGAAUGACGUGGAGGUGUAG